AUGUACGACAAGGUCGUGUCGCUGGGCUCCCGCCUGCACUACCCCAUCACCAUCACCAAGCUGCUCAAGUCGCCCGGCGACAGCAUCAAGAAGCAGGAAAACAUCAUCGAGUACAAGUUCACGUGGCGGCGCCGCGUCGGCGACGACGAGUGGACCGAUGAGACGACGUACACCGAGUUCGACAGCCCCGCCGAGGGCCGCCUCAAGGACUGGCGCAUCCGCGAGGGCCAGGUCAUCGGCGCCGACAUGCCGUGCAUGACGGUCGAGGAGGCCUGCGGCCACGAGGUCCAGAUCCAGGGCCUCUGCAGCCUCUGCGGCGCCGACAUGACCGAGGUCAACUGGGCCAGCGAGGAAAAGGACACGGACCGCGCCAUGAUCAACAUGACGCACGACCAGACGGGCCUCAUGGUCAGCGAGUCCGUCGCCACAAAGGCCGAGCACGACGCCCAGCGCCGCCUGCUGCGCCAGCGCAAGCUCAGCCUCGUCGUCGACCUCGACCAGACCAUCAUCCACGCCUGCAUCGAGCCCACCGUCGGCGAGUGGCAGCGCGACCCCACCAACCCCAACCACGAGGCCGUCCGCGACGUCCAGAGCUUCCAGCUCAACGACGACGGCCCCCGCGGCCUCGCCAGCGGCUGCACCUACUACAUCAAGCUGCGCCCGGGCCUGCGCUCCUUUCUCGAGGAGGUGGCCAAGAUGUACGAGCUGCACGUCUACACCAUGGGCACCCGCGCCUACGCCCUCAACAUUGCCCGCAUCGUCGACCCGGACCGCAAGCUCUUUGGCAACCGCGUCAUCAGCCGCGACGAGAACGGCAGCAUCACCUCCAAGAGCCUGCAGCGCCUCUUUCCCGUCAGCACAAACAUGGUGGUCAUCAUCGACGACCGCGCCGACGUCUGGCCCCGCAACCGGCCCAACCUCAUCAAGGUCGUCCCCUACGACUUUUUCAAGGGCAUCGGCGACAUCAACUCGAGCUUCUUGCCCAAGCGCACCGAUAUUCUGCCCGCGCCGCCGCAGCCGCAGUCAAACGGCUCAGCGGAGACGCCCGAGGCGGCGGCUGCGGCUCCUUCGGGCGCCAAGGCAUCGCCCCUCGAGGAACUGGCCCGUAUGGGCGGCGGCGACGACGAGACGCAGCUCAAGAUACAGGCCGAGGAGCAGGAAAAGUCGUUGGAGAAACAGCUCAAAGAUCGACCGCUGCUGCACAUGCAGGAGGAGCUGGACAAGGAGGACGAGGCGUCACAGGACGGCGAGGCAGGCGAUGCGACGGUCACGCACCACCGCCAACACCUACUCAACGACGACGACGAGGAGCUUAUGGCGCUGCAAGAUCACCUGACAGACCUGCACUCAUCCUUUUACGAGACGUACGACCGGAGGCGAGAUGACCGCAAGCAGUCGGAGCCGACGCACCCGCCGGGGCAUAACAAGCGCCGGAAAUCGUCGGUCGACGACGGAGUCGAUUUGUCCAUGGUGCCCGAUAUUGGCGACAUCCUGGACGAGCUCAAGUCCAACGUGCUGUCGGGCCUAGUUAUCGUGCUGUCCGGACUGGUGCCGCUAGGCGUCAACGUGGAGGACUCGGAGAUUGGGAUGCAGGCGCAGAGCUUCGGCGCGCAGGUCCUGGACACCGUAUCACGGCGCGUGACCCAUUUGGUCGUCUCGACGUCGCGGCCGCGCACGAGGAAAGUGCAGCAGGCUGCCAGGAUUUCGAGCAUAAAGAUUGUCAACCAGAAUUGGUUGACGGAUUGCCUGAGUCAAUGGCGCCGGCUAGAUGAGAGCCCGUACUACAUGGACAUUCUGGACUCAGACCGCGGAGCCAGCGGCGGCGGUGGCGGCGGCGGCGAGGACGACACGACCGAAGUCACGUCGGAGGCCGAGAACGAGGAGGCGGCCGAGGCGCGGGACCUCAAGGACUUUGACUGGGCCACGGCCGACAAGGACUUGGAAGAGUUCCUCGACGAAGAUGACGACGGUGACGACGACGAGGAUGACGACGGAAACGAGGACGGCGAGACAGAAGACGGGUCCGAGAGCGGAGCCGACGCGGAGGACGGCAACGAGACGGACGCGUCGCGAAGGGCGAGCGGCAAGAAGCGCAAGAAGGGAGCCGACGGGGAGGAGUCGGACGGGGACGGGGGCUCGAACGUCGCCGGGGAGAGCGUGCUGGCCAAGAAGCAGCGUCUGUCGCGCAGCCGCGGCACGUCGGCGCUGCGGUCGGUGCGGACGCCCAACGGCAGCGGAGUCGGCGGCGCCGGCGGCGAGGCUGACCAGGACAGCAGCCUGCCGACGCCGGUGCAGACGGGCGACGACGGAGCCUCACAGGGGACCAACAGCAACAAGAACUGGGACGACCAGGCCGACUUUGACGAGGACGCGCUGGAGCGGGAGCUGCUGGCGGAGCUGGAGGCGGCCGAAGCAUGA